UAGUGAUUACGGUGAACACGCACCAGGGCAUGCCCGUUAUUUUUUGAGAGGAAAUCUAAUUCAAGGACUAAGAUGCAGUUUAUGCUGCUGUUCAGUCGACAGGGAAAGCUGAGGUUGCAGAAAUGGUAUGUACCCCUGUCAGACAAGGAGAAGAAGAAGAUCACCAGGGAGCUGGUGCAGAUGGUGCUGGCCCGCAAGCCCAAGAUGUGUAGCUUCCUAGAGUGGAGGGACCUCAAGAUUGUUUAUAAAAGGUAUGCUAGCCUGUAUUUUUGCUGUGCCAUUGAGGACCAGGACAAUGAGCUGAUCACACUGGAAAUCAUCCACCGAUAUGUGGAGCUCCUGGACAAGUACUUUGGCAGUGUGUGCGAGCUAGACAUUAUCUUUAACUUUGAGAAGGCUUACUUCAUUCUGGACGAGUUCUUGUUGGGAGGGGAGGCACAGGAGACUUCCAAGAAGAACGUCCUGAAGGCAAUCGAACAGGCUGACCUACUGCAGGAGCCUCGACAUGAGUACUUUAAUGUGCCUGUGUAUUAAGCUCCUGUGGCCGUUUUCUGCCGGCUGUCCAUCACGCAUGCCAAGCCCCUCCUCUCUCCACGGCUCUGCCUUGCCUGCGUCUCAUCGACCUCUCAGCAUCAGACAUCUCAGAGCCUCCUGUCUCACCAUCACUCCCUCCAUGUAUGUCGAUGUCGUGUUCUACUUCACCACUGAUCUCUCUCUCUUUUCUUUUUCCCCUCACGCUGUUUUGCACAAACACACUCCUCACUCUCAUUGUCAUGACUCUCACACGGUUCACCUCCAUGGCUUUGGGAGAGAAGGUUGUGACACUGUCUGAUUGUAGCCAUUUUAGAUUGCAGACUUUGCA